AUGUUUCUUACGAGGAGCGAGUACGAUCGGGGAGUGAGCACGUUCUCGCCCGAGGGGCGGCUGUUCCAAGUGGAGUAUGCCAUCGAAGCCAUCAAGCUGGGGUCAACAGCGGUGGGCAUUCAGACCAAGGAGGGCGUGGUGCUGGCGGUGGAAAAGAGAAUAACCUCGCCGCUGCUGGAGCCGCGCAGUGUGGAGAAGAUAAUGGAGGUGGACUCACACAUCGGGGCUGCCAUGAGUGGACUCACAGCGGAUGCACGCACUCUCAUCCACCACGGCCGCAUUCAGACUCAGUCGCACCGCUUCUCAUACAACGAGCCCAUGCUGGUGGAGUCAUGCACACAGGCUCUCUGCGACCUCUCGUUGAAGUUCGGGGAGGGGGGCGAUGACAGCAUGAGCCGUCCAUUUGGAGUGGCUCUGCUAGUUGCUGGAGUCGACAAAUACGGCCCUUGCCUGUACCACACGGAUCCAUCAGGCACGUUCGUGCGUUACGAUGCCAAGGCCAUUGGGGCUGGCACUGAGGGCGCACAGGCCAACCUGCAGGACAGCUACAACAAGGACAUGAGCCUGGAGGAGGCAGAGACGCUUGCACUGUCCACUCUGAAGCAAGUCAUGGAAGAGAAGGUGUCGGCUACUAAUGUCGACAUUGCAAAAGUUGCACCUACAUACCAUCUACCCAGAGGCGAGACCCUAGCAGAUCUCCACCCCGCCCUCUGCGCCACCCUCCCCUCCUCCGCCUCCACCUUAUCCGCCCGCCACCUGCUGCCCUCCCUGACGACCUUUGUGGCGCCUCAAACACCGCAGCAACACUCGACUAGCCCGCCCUCUGCGCCACCCUCCCCUCCUCCGCCUCCACCUCAUCCGCCCGCCACCUGCUGCCCUCCCUGCGGCCCCCAAAAGCACCCUCUCUUAGCCCAUUUAGCCCUCCUUCAGAGGAAACCCUUCUAUGGGAAUACAUGCAGUUACAGGAGCACAGCGAGGGGCUGUUGGAGGAAACAGCAGCGAGCGAUGGAGGUGGAGGAGAGGGCAGGGGGUGCGAUCAUAGCCAGAGCGUGCUACAACAGCUGGCUGGGUGCCACUCGACCCAUCCUCAACCCUCCAACUGACUCGAUUGGAGUCAACACAACCCCUUCCUCUCCUGCUGCCACGUCAGUCGAGUUUGCCAUGUCACCAGCCACUGCCACUUCACCAGUCCCAGCCACGUCAGCACCUUCCAUGUCAGCUGCUUCUGCCACGUCAGCUGUUCCCUCUACUCCGCUCCUCGACAUCUGCUCCCUCCGCCACCCGCUCCUCCUCCAGCAGUACCGCGCUGCCCAGAAACGAGCCAAUCAGAUGCUGCAGAAGGCAAAGCGGGCGGCAAACAGACUACGCAUGAAGGUGGAGGAGGAGGUGGAACGAGCAGAGGCAGCAGUGCCAGUGCCGAUAGAUGUGACAGUAAGGAGCGGGUACUACGUGGUGACUGUAACGGGGCCCAACACCAACACCAGCGGCAAGCAUUCUGCCAUUAAGGCAGUUGGGUCGGCAGCGAUGACGGCCCAAUGUGGUGAGAAUGGGGAGAGCAUGUGUGGGUGCUUUGGCAGGGAGGAGGGGAGGGAGGGGUUGCUGCAGGGUGACAUCUACGUCCAGGCAUCAUCUCUUGCCCGCUUCCCUCUCUUCAGCCUCGCUUCUGGACGCCAACAGCAACGCGCAAAGCAUCCUGGAAGCUGCCACCCCUCGCUCGCUCGUGCUGCUGGAAGAGGUCACUUCACUGCGUCUGCUGCUCUGCUCCUUCUCCUUGGCCCCCGUCCAGUAGGAGGGACGCUCGGUUCGAGAACGCUUCAGUUGAGCUUGAUGAUGACCGUUUGGCAUGGUUCUCCCCACGUACCGCCUCUAUCUACGUAUCCCUUUGAUUCGCAUGGUUGCUUGAGGGCGUAUGAGAUGAGCUUGAUUGGCAUGCCACUGCCUCAAUUUGAAG